AUGAAUUACGGAAAUGAUAGCAAUAAUAUAAAUCAGAAUAACUACUCUAAUAAUGUACCGAAGCCCUCAUUCUCCGGAGUACUAGGUACUGGGAGACCCGAGGAGCGUCUGCAACAUGAUGAAGGGGAUACUUAUAGUAGACAAACACAGUUUGGCUCUAUGAACUAUCAGGAACAAACCGAAUAUUCACCAGGAUUUCAUAACUACGGCAAUAAUUACAAUAAUUACCAAGAUGUGGUGAAUCAGGGCGCCCCGCAUACUCAACCACAUCAGCAACCAGUUAAUAACCAAUUUAAUAAUAAUCUCUAUGAUCAACAAUUUACCAAUUCAGGAACAUCAUGGUCUUAUGAAAAUUCUAACAACUUGCAAAGCUACGAAAAUAAUAAUAGUUGUAAUAUCAAUAAUAGCUAUCAACAGACGAAAAGGACAGUCAGUUAUGAAGAUAUAGUGCCGACUAUACCUAAUAAUAUGAGAAAAAGAAAUAAUCAGAGUAAAUUUCAACGAAAGCAGCAGGAUCAUGUUGAUAAUAAUACAGAUAAAAAAUCAGAUAGCCCUAAAAUUAUAGAUUCUACCAUAAGCGCCCCUCCAAAGACAUCAUUGGAUAAACAGGCUAAUGAGAAACUUUCACAAUUGACCAAAGAUAAAAAAACUACAGAAAAAAGCUUAAUCACACAAGAUGAUAUACAGAAAAAGGUUUCCACAUCAACUAAUGGAGAUGGCAAUUUACACACUGAAGAAGAAGAAGAUGAUGAUGAUGAAGAUUCGCAGAAUAUAAAAAAUAAAAAUAAUAUUCAGAUUCAAGGUACUUCGAUAAAAUUAGAGACUGAUGAAGAGAUUAAAAAAUGGAAGGAAGAAAGGAGAAAGAUGUGGCUAUUGAAAAUUUCCAACAAUAAAGAGAAGCAUAUGAAGGAAAUGGGUAUAAAAGAAAAUGAUCUAAAAAAUACAAGCGUGUUGAAAGAGGCUAGUAAGCAGAAGAAAUUUAUUCAGAGUAUUGAAUCCCAGGUGCAUCGUUAUGACCCAAAGGCCAAUCUUAAUUUAAAGGUUGUGCAGAGAGAAAUGGCAAAUGAAAAUGAUAAAAUUCUGCAAUUUAUACAAGACCUUGGAGAUGCCAAUUUGUUGACAUAUGAAUUAACUGCUGCGGAAAAAGAUAAAUUAUUUGGAAGUGGACCAACUAAAUUUAAAAGAAAUUUCAAACAUCCACAGCAGUAUGGUAGAGUUCAAAAGAAACGUUUUAAUAAUGGUGGGAGAUAUAGUGGUAAUUUAAAAUAA